AUGGCGAUAACAGAGUACUCAGCUCUUUCGGGAGCUACCAAGACGGCUACCGAACUCAUCCGGCGGAUCCUUAUACCUCUUACGCCCACGAGUCCACCGGGACUUGUCGAGGCGAACACAGUCGACCCGUGGGCUCAGUCGGGCAAGUAUGCGCUUGGAUGGACAUACUUCAGCGUUGCCCUAGUUGGGUCCGUGGUGCUGGUCCGGAUAUGGCACUGGUGGCAGGACAAGAUUCGGCAGGCAAUCUAUAAGCAGGAGAUGGAGCAACACUACCGCGACCUGUACAGCCUUGACCCAGAAAUCGCGCCCAGUGCUAUGCAGACGAAUGCCACGACGCAACAUUUCUUCCCUGAGGAUGGGGGAGAGAAGCGGGACUUCAAGCCAAAGAGCGACUUUUCCGCCAUUGGCCCCGUUCUCGACGCCCUCGCAUUAUUCCGCUGGGUAUUUUACCGUCCAAUCCCUGACAUUGUCUGGCGCAGAUGGCGAUUCACGUUCUCGUCGCUCUCUGUGCUGGCGGUCGGCUUCAUCGCCAUGGCAUUCGUCUGCCUUUAUGUUUUUCUUACUCAACCUCUCUACUGGCAGAGCAUCAAAUUUGGCUCGCCACCCGUGGCUAUUCGUGCGGGGAUGAUCGCCGUGGCUAUGACGCCCUGGAUCAUAGCGACCAGCAUGAAGGCGAACCUUCUCACUCUGAUUACAGGCAUCGGCCCUGAGAGGCUGAAUGUCUUUCAUCGCUGGGCGGGCUACCUGUGCCUGUUCUUAUCGCUCGUGCACGCCAUACCCUUCUACGUCCAGCCAGUCUGGGACGACGGUGGUAUGGACGUCUUUGAGAGACUCUUCCCAGAAGGGAGCGGCGUCAUCUACGGCACCGGCAUCGCAUGCCUGGUUCCGCUGGGCUGGCUCUGCAUCGCUUCACUCCCGUUCAUCCGACGCAUCGCGUUCGAAGUCUUUGUCACGCUUCACGUUCCUGUCGGGUUCGUUUACGUCGGACUGUUGUUCUGGCACACGAAGAACUAUCUCGCUUCAUGGAACUUUCUGUGGGCGACAGUGGCCAUCUGGGCGGCGUGCUACGUCUACAGGCUGACGAAGCUGAACUGGGUCAAACCCUGGAGACCAGCCUUCAUGGUAGGCGACGAAGCCGCCAUUACGCUUAUGAGCGAGGACGCAAUCAAAAUCACUGUGCCUACACAGAUGCGGUGGAAGCCCGGCCAAUACGUCUACAUCCGCAUGCCUGGCAUCUCUUUCCUCGAUAACCACCCAUUCACGAUUUCCUCAUUAUGUAGCGAGGACUUCCCUUCGGAGUACGGAGAGCAGUACCGCGAUUGCACGAUUGUGUUUAAACCGUACGGCGGCUUCACCAGGAGGGUCCUUGACACUGCGAUUGAGAAAGGUCCGUUCCACACCUACCGAGCGUAUCUGGACGGGCCAUAUGGCGGCAUGCGACGCGAGCUCGCUGCUUUCGACACCUGCAUCCUCAUUGCUGGCGGCAGCGGCGUGACAUCACUCAUGUCGCAGUUGCUUAAUCUCAUCAAGCGCAUGCGCGACGGUAAAGCCAUCACAAAGAAAGUCGUGGUCAUCUGGGCCAUCAAGCGUCUCGAGGCACUUGACUGGUUCAGAGAGGAGCUGCGUAUCUGCCGCGAUUCUGCGCCGCCCGAGAGCGUGACCUGCAAGUUCUUCGUGACCUCGGCUGUACGACAGUCGAGGAUACAGCAGCAUGGUAGGGCACCACGACCCUUGAGCCAUGCUUUUCACGACAAGUUGGAUGGCUUCGUUGCGGGCAUCGCCUCGAAACGCAACUCGCAGUACAUACGGGACGAGGCCCAAGGUGACCAGGACUACGAACGCGAGCUUCGCGCCGAGGAUGAGGACCGUAUCACCGCUCUGCCUCAGCAGAAGUACCUGCAACCACAUCCGCCGCCGCCACGUGCCAAUCCCUCUGCGCCAAUUAACCGACAAUCAGCACAAGAAGACUCUCUCGCGAGACUAGAAGGCAGAGGAGAGGAAGAGGCCGCGGAAGGGGAAAUGCCCCCUCUGGGACCUAAUGGCUACCCCGAGGACAAAAAGGGCCGCGAGUUCCAUUUCCCGCCGCUCAAGAUCCGACCAGAUAUGCAGCCGCACUUCAACCUCGCCCCGGCGUCACCACGUAGACUACCACCUCAAGAUCCAUCCCACCUCGAGAUCACGACGGACAUGUCUCAGGAACUCCCCACACACCCCGAUGACCUCCGGCCCCCCGAGUUCGCGCACCUCCGCACGACAGACCUCCCCGGUCGCAACAUGCCGCGCCCAACCUCGACAUUCGGCCCGCCCUCCGGCUUUGACUUUGGCUUCCCCGAGACGCCAACGGAAUUCCAGAAGAGCCUGAUGCGCUUCGCCUUCCCGAUACCGCACCAGAUCGACGCUGGCGCCGGCGGCGGGUGGAGCGUCGAGUACGGCCGGCCGGACCUGGGCUACAUGCUGCGUGAGUGGACGACCGGCGGUGCCGACGGCCGCGGCAUACUGGGCCGCCGGACAGCCGUCUUCGUCUGCGGGCCCGCCAGCAUGCGCGUCGGCGUGGCCAACACCGUCGCCCGCCUGCAGGCCGAGAUCUGGGGCGACCCCCUGCUCGAGGAGAUCUUCUUGCAUACGGAGAAUUACGCGCUGUAA